AUGGGUCAGCAAUUUAAUUCUGAGCUCCCGGUGCACCACCGGUUCAGCCCGAAAAAGAACGUGUUAAUUAUCACCACAAAGCGAUUGUUGGUGGGCAUCACUGCGCUCGUGGUGCUCUUCUUACUCGUUGGCAAUGGUUCCAAGGUGAUACCUGAGCUUCAAGCACAGGAGAUUGAUACUCAAAUAAUCGACAAUAAUCUCGAGAAGGUCUACGAGGUCACAAAGGAUGGUGUGGCUGAGAGGUCAGCGGGCCCCGACUUUGAAUAUUACGAUUUGAACCUGUUUACUGGAUCGGCCCAAGGUAUGAAAAAUCAGGAUGUGGUGCUUUUCUUGAUGCCGCUUCGAAACGCCGAGCACGUCUUGUCCAUGGCCUUCCACAACAUCAUGAACUUGACGUAUGAUCACUCGUUGAUAGAUAUAGCGUUUUUGGUGUCGGACUGUUCAGAGGGUGACACCACUUUGGAAAAGACAUUUGAAUACAGUGUGGCUCUACAGAACGGAACGUUGGUGGACAAGUUGCAAAGGGAAGAGGCUAUCAAGGCCAAGUACCGUCGGGGCUCGUCCGACUUGUACCAGUUGUACAUGGACCAAGAUUAUAUGAACAAUGUGCGGAAAUCGUAUAACCCUAGAUACUAUCACAAAGAUUAUCUGAAGCCAUUUAGAUCCAUCACCAUCUACCGAAAGGAUUUCGGUCAAGCUAUUGGCCAGGGGUUCAGUGAUAGACAUGCUGUCAAAGUGCAGGGGAUCAGAAGAAAAUUGAUGGGAAGAGCCCGAAAUUGGUUGACCACCAACGCUCUCAAGCCCUACCAUUCGUGGGUUUACUGGAGAGAUGUGGAUAUUGAAACGUGUCCAGGGUCUGUGAUCCAAGACUUGAUGAAACACGACUAUGAUGUAAUGGUGCCCAAUGUGUGGAGGCCAUUACCAUCGUUUUUGGUGGAUGAGCCCCCAUUUGAACAGCCAUAUGACUUGAACUCAUGGAUUGAAUCGGACCCAGCAUUGGAAUUGGCAUCCAAGUUAGACGAAGAUGAUGUGAUAGUGGAAGGGUAUGCCGAGUACCCUACGUGGAGAGUUCAUUUGGCGUAUAUUCGUGAUCGGAACGGUGACCCCAAUGAAGCCGUCGAUUUGGAUGGGGUUGGAGGAGUGUCUAUUCUUGCCAAAGCCAAGUUAUUCCGACAAGGAGUUCACUUCCCAGCCUUCACAUUCUUGAACCACGCUGAAACAGAAGCGUUUGGGAAGAUGUCCAAGAAAAUGGGUUUCCGGGUUGGAGGUCUUCCUCAUUAUACUAUCUGGCACAUUUACGAACCUAGCGAAGAUGAUUUAAUGAAGAUAGCCAAGCUUGAAAGAAAGAAAAGACGUCAAAAACAGACGAAGAACCCAUAG